AUGUCUUGCGAACACUGCAUUAAGGGCGUUCGCCAUGAGGGCAUUCCCGAAGGUACUUACCAGGAAAUCACUGGAGUCAAGUGCUACAUCGCCACGCCAUCUGGCGAGUAUGAUAAGUCUAAGGUCGUGGUCUAUCUCACCGAUGCGUUCGGCAUCGAACUUGUCAACAACCUUCUUCUUGCCGACGACUUCGCUCGCAAUGGAUGGAAGGUUGUCGUACCGGACCUCUUCGAGGGCGAGCCGAUGCCCGCCGACCUCCUCGACAACGUCAAGCCCACCGAUAUCAAUGUCAACCUUGUAGCCCUCGGUAAGGAGCGCGACUGGGAUUUUCUGGCUUGGGUCGCCGAACACGGCCCCGCGCAGAACGUCCCGCGAGUCAAGGCAGUGAUCGAGGCUCUCAAAGCAGACGGCAUUACGCGCGUAGCUACCACAGGCUACUGCUUUGGAGGCCGCGUCGCGUUCAGCCUCGCGCACGAUGGGAUCCCCGAUGUCACUGCGACUUCUCAUCCUUCGGCGUUGCAAGCUGAGGAUCUCGAGAAAUACGCCGUCAAUUCGAAGGCGCCGCUCCUCAUCAACGCCUGCGAGAUCGACUUCCAGUUCGGAAAGGAUAAGCAGGAGAAGGCGGAGGAGGUCUUCAAGGACUUCACUCCUGGCUUUAAGCAGACGUAUUCGGAGGGAUGUGUACAUGGAUUUGCUGUUCGCGGCGAUAUGAGCGACCCUAAGGUGAAGGCGGGCAAGGAGCGGGCUUUCAACAGCACUGUCGAGUGGUUCAAGAAGUAUCUGUGA